AUGAAGCACUGUUUGGAGAUGAUGGACGAAGCAACCUAUCGGAGAAUGGUGAAAUUAUUCUGUAGUUUGCUGAUAUUGAUGUUGAUGUGUUUGGAAUCAGUGGACACUGCGUCCAGGUCGCCCAGGACAUAUCGGUAUAUAUUUAACGACAGAAAAGAUACGGAAGAUGACGAUAUUCAUGUGGGGCAUCACAUACCCCAUACUAACUAUGAAAACAUUAAUGACAUUUCAAAUCAAAAUCCUGCCUUGUUGUCGAACUUAGUGACUUUUUCUACCGCCAGGCCAACAACGCCUCCAUGGCACGUAACGUCAUUUCCGGAUCCGAACACAUACGACGACGACACGGAAAAGUCCGAGUCUCAUAACCGUGAUAAACGACGGGUGAUGAUACACCCUGAAAUGUCGGUCUGUGACAGCAAGAGUGGGUGGGUUACUAAAAAAUGGGCUACAGAUAUUUAUGGACAAAAUGUUACAGUUUUAUCGAUGUUUAAAAUUAGGGACAACACAACAAUUGGGCAAUAUUUUUAUGAAACGUCCUGUAAGACAACGGGCGAAACAGCGCCCCCUGAAAACAACUGUCGAGGAAUUGACACGCACGAGUACAGUUCGGUUUGUAAAGAGAAGAAAACGUGGGCAUAUGCCAUGAUACAAACAACAUAUGGAACCGAAGACUGGGACUGGAUUGCCAUCAAAACGUCGUGUGUUUGUGCACUACAAAGAAGAGAAGAGCCGUUGAUACGGUCAACCAGGGAUGCCUUAUUAUUUGCUCUACUUAGAAAGUUGAGAAAAUAA